AUCCUAAAUGCUUUAAUGUAGUGUGUGUAGUGUUCCGCCAAUUUAGAAGCCCAAGCACACACAACCGAAAACUUUUUCACCCUUUAGAUCUUUUCCUCAUCCUUUUAGAUUUAAUGACUGUUACACUUCUCCAUGAAGCACCUAACGUGUCUUCUUUAAAGCCUCGCCAUGUUCAAAAAGACACUGCUCUCUUAAUUUCUCCUCCUUUGGCUGGUCAUGAAGGACCCAUCUUUGGUGAUUUGUCUGUGUGUGAAGAUCAAUUUUAUUUUUAUUCAGAAUCUGCCAAGUCAGGCAUCGCUGUUCAGUAUCCCGACAUUAUCAUUCACGCCAUUUCAAGACAAGACGGCCAACCCAACAUUUACUGUCAGUUAGAUGCCGGUUUAUUCUUCCCCAACCAACAAUUACCAGAGGAUGAGCAAGAAUUAGAGGAAACUGUCACAGAGCUUCGCUUGAUCCCCAAAGAUGGUGGUGCAUUGGAAGGUAUCUAUAUGGCCAUGUCAGAAUGCGCAGCUCUUCACCCUGAUGAAGAAUUUAUGGCAGAACAAGAAGCAUAUGGCGAAGAGGAAUAUUAUGCCGAUCCCAGCGAUGAAAUGGAACUAAAUGAAAUGCAACAAGCCGCUCUGGCUCAUUUGGAAUCUGUGUUUGAACCACCUACCACCAAUGGACAUAAAUUCGAUGAUAUUGAAGAGGAUCAAUAAACAAUAAAGAAAAGUUUAUUAUGUAAAUAAAAAAU